AUGCCGGUUCACCCUGACGACGUCGACCGGCGGAACGCCACUUUCUGGGUCUCGUACCACCGGGGCGGCCACCCUUACCGCGACCAACGCAGGUACAUGUUCCAGGGCCUGCCCAACCGGAACAUUUCGCGGUCCGCGGCUGCCUUCGCACGCUACGGCCGCCGGUUUCUGUAUAUCGCCAGGACGUUUGACGAAUACUGUAGCUGGAGGGGAGAUCUUCCAGGGCCCAGUGGCAUGCCGAGAGGGUUUUCGACUGGCUUUCCUGAGCCGCUAGGCUCUUCGUUUCCAUUUCGGGAGAUGAUGAUGGAGUUUGUCGAUGAAAAGGUCGUGUUUUGA